AGUUUCCGCCAUAUUGAAUUUCCAUCCCACUCCCGUGGCACAGUGGGAACUUAUCAGGACCGAGGUAACAGCUGUGACCUGUGAGCGCGAAACACUUGCAACCCUACCCAUGGCUUAACAAAGAAAUAAUACAAAUCAACCCAAAAUCUCUAAUGUAAAGUCAUCUCAACUGUGUGUAAGUGUAUCUUGUAAAAAUUCCCAAAUUAUUGAUUGCGUAUGCUCCAGUAUUGCUGAACUGGUGGCGUUGUGCUUAAGUGUUUCGAAUUAAGUUUAUUAUUUGUACAGAGGGAGGUUCCAGAGUGGUUUAGAGUCCGUAGAAGUAACAAAGUAGCAGAAAUCGAUACGCGUGUGCUGGCAUCCGUUCCCGUUGCGUGAUGCGAAUGUAAAAGGGACGGAGAUAGGCGGCGUUCAGUUACAUUUCUGAAACCCAUUUAACCGAUAACCGAUAAAAUAUAAAUAUUGACGUCCCCUCAUUGAUUGAAUACAGGAACCAAUAAAAGAUGGGCGGCGGAGGUGAUAUGAAAUGGCAGAAAGAUGCGGCGGACCAGAAUUUCGAUUAUAUGUUCAAACUGCUCAUCAUUGGCAACAGUUCUGUGGGGAAGACAAGCUUCCUCUUUCGAUAUGCCGAUGACUCCUUCACCUCAGCGUUUGUGUCAACUGUAGGAAUUGACUUCAAGGUCAAAACAGUUUUCCGUCACGACAAACGUGUAAAACUACAGAUAUGGGAUACUGCAGGACAGGAACGGUAUCGCACUAUCACAACAGCCUAUUACCGAGGGGCAAUGGGCUUUAUUUUAAUGUACGACAUAACAAAUGAAGAAAGCUUCAACAGUGUUCAGGAUUGGGUGACACAAAUCAAAACGUAUUCGUGGGACAACGCACAAGUGAUCCUAGUGGGUAACAAAUGCGACAUGGAGGAAGAACGCGUGGUGAGCGCCGAGCGGGGGAGACAGCUCGCCGAACAACUUGGCGUCGAGUUUUACGAGACUAGUGCUAAAGAAAAUAUAAACGUAAAGACGGUAUUUGAGCGGCUGGUCGACAUAAUUUGCGACAAAAUGUCGGAAAGUCUGGAUUCGGAGCCAGCUAUGUUGGCAGGCGGAGGUCGCGGGCAACGUCUCACAGAACAACCUCAAGGCAACAGCAACCCUAACUGCAACUGUUAAUAAGAGUCAAAAUAUCUUGACAAUCGCCUUGAACAUACUGGCACUAAAAACAGCCUGUCAUAAACAAAUAGCACAGGAGUCCAUUGAUCGAAAUAAGGAUUGAAAACCAAAAAAAAGCACACUUUGUUUGAAAUCUGAAUGUUGUCCAGUAUCUUCAAGAAACUGUAAUAAAUUUAAAAUAAAAUCUAAAUAAUAAUAAUAAUGUAUUACUUGCGAAACAGUAUGAAAAUUUUCAAUGGUUCCUCGUGAUUCGCCAAGACCUUAGUUAUUUUUUCAUAUCCAUAGUAAUUUUUGAUGUCCCUGAAUGUUUUCUUGAUAUUAUAAUGAUUAUUGGACUUGUCCAGUAAAUUCAUUAUUAAAAUUAGUAUAAUAUCAUUAUAUUGUUAAAUCUGUGUAACAAAUAAUGGUCACUUAUUUAAUAGUAUUAUUAAUUUAGGUGUUAGCAUAUAUUGCGAGCUGGAGUAGGGAUCUGAUACUUCUACUAGGUGUUUAUUCUAAUUUUAGAAUUUUUAUAAUUUUAUUGCUUGUAAUAAUAUCUAUAUGCGAACUUUCUAAGUCUUUUAGUUUUAUAAAUUAUUUAACAUAAUAUGAGAUUAAAGUAUUACAACGACUUCUAUAAUAAGUGUUUUUCUUAAAUUAUGCUAAACAAUAAUUUGCGCAUUUAAAUAUUAUGUUUGUAAUAAUCUGUGCGAUUUGGACCAAAAUCAAUAUAUUCAGGUUAUUUUACAAAUAUUUUAGGAUUUUUUCCACAAGCGCAAACUAUUUUUAGAAAUAAUUUAAACAAUUUGUAUUUUAUUAAAAUGCCACAGUAUUUGGAUUUUAAAAGUAAAGAAUUUACAGGCAAAUUUAAAAUUGAUAUAAUUUUUUGCCCUUUUCUUAAGAUAACUAUUAUGUUUUUAUCAUUUUCUAUCUCUAAAUCUUAUAUAAAUUGUUGUAACAAAAUUAAAAAGUAAAUUAAUAAUUUAGAUUUUAGCUUAUUUUGAGAAAGUGUUUAUAACUUUAAUAGUAAAAGUUAUCUAGCUAAUUUGCUGCUUAUAUUAUUUUGUUUAAUUUGGAUAUCAAAUUGAUUUGUCAUGAAUUUUAAAAAGUAAAGUUUAAAAUAUUUUGUAAUUUAAAAUAGCAAGCUAACCUAAAUAUUUUCAUUGUCAUUAUAAGUAAUUGUUUCCAUGAUAGAAGGCAUUUUUAAUGUAGGUUCUUUAUGUUUAUAUUUCUUUUAUUGUCCAAGAAAAUUUAUAUUUAGUUAAUUUGAUUACGUUAUUUUUUUAUUUUUAAAAUAAUUUGAUUAGUGUUAGCGUUUAUAAAAAUUGUUAUUUAACCAGACAUAGUUUAAGAGCUUGUAACGGCAUACCUAUGAUGUCUUCACAUGGUAAUUUGUGUAUUGUGUUAUUGCACAAAAUGAUCGUGGGCUACUAUUUUAUUGAUAGAUAUAAAAGGUACUAGCUCUUGAUCUAAGUAUAUAAAGACGCACUUCGUUGCUUCGUAUUAGAUAUCAAAAUUUAGUAAACGUUACAAUGUAAUCUGUUGUCGUUCGAAAUUAUUAUAUUAAAAAAUAAUAUUAGGUACAUAUACAUGUACAUCUGUCAAUAUAAUAUUUCAAUAUAAAUACAAUUUCAAAUAUUGCAAAAUAUUUAAGCUUCAAAACUGUUUUGGCAUGGCAAAUGUGAACCGAGAACAACAAUUGCUAAUUAACUAAAGUGUUUGUAAAUAUGUUUCACCUGUGUAUAAAGAAACUGUAUAGUAUUAUAUCUACUUACUAUAAAAGCGGUUUGUAUUCUUGUUACCUACCUACUAUGAUAUGUAAUUAAUAUAACGAUAGGCAUUUAUUUAAUCACUGUCGUUUGAUCAUAAAGCAUGAAGCGUAAACAUUACCUUUGUAACUGCUAUGUCACCAGAUCAUAACAAAUUGUGUAUUCUAGUGUUCAAUGUGUUUCCAUCACGUUGGGCUAACGUUAGAGUUAUUGUGUAGUAAACAUAGACAAUACAAUUUAUAUAUAAAAUUCUGUUGAUACUUGAGCACAUUAUUUUUAGACUAAGUACGAUAUUUUUUAAUUAAAAUUAAGUUCUUCUUAAAACAGCCGUAAAACAUAAUUCACAUGGAAACGUACGCGUUUAUUUAUUUAAGAUACAGUAAAUCAUACUUUAUAUUAUUUUAUAUUAACUAUAUUAUGAAGAAAUGACGUAAUCUAUAAAAAAUAUUUACUGUUUGGCAAAUGAAAAUUAUUAUACCACCGAUACAUAUAAAUCUGUUAUGUGUUCUACUUUUAGACAUAAAAAUAGUUAUUGAAAGUAAAAUUAAAUAAUAUGAAACGGGCUGAAUUAUCAAAAAAAUAAUAUUUUAAAAUUGUAUUCAAAAGCCAUCUUCAUAUUUUGUGGUGAGCUCUUUGCCUAUUAUUGAAAUUACGUCAAUUCUAGGCGAAUCUAUGAUACAACUGUCAAAGUUUUGUGUCGAACAAACAUACGGAUUAAAUAUACGGGAAAUAGCAAUGGAUGUAGCGGUAAUCUAUAGUAUUGUGUGGGUCUUAAGAGUAGAAAGGCAUGAAACGGCAUAUCGUAGCGAAUGGCUUUAGAUAGAAUUAUUCUUAUAAAUUGCAUGAAAUUGAAAACUGUUUACCUAUCUAAUUUAUAAAAAAUAAUGAUUAUUAUGAAUAUAAAGGAAGUUAAAAAGAAUCAUUAUUUACAUUUUAUUAAUUAAUUGAAACUGUAUUUUAAGUUGUUUUUAUCAUGACUUAUAAUUUUUAAACGGGUAUAUUUGGUAAUAAUAAUUUCUUAACACACCAAAUGUUAACAAAAAAACCUGUUACAAUAUUGUAAAUUAUUUGUAUAACAAAUUCACGUUUUUCUUUUAAGCGUAAUUUUUAAUAUGUACAUGUAAUUCAACAUGCCAAUUGCAAAUUAUUGUUUAUAACUUCGUUUUCUAACUUAAUGCUUCAUCUCACUGAAAGCAGAAAUAUUAAUCAUUUAGAUGUAUUAAUAAAUGUACGUUAUCAUAUUUGUUGUGCGUUAAUAAAGGAAUUAUUUAAAAUAUAA